AUGGGGGAGACGGUGGUAUGGUGGAGGCGGCGAUGGGGAGGUGGAGAAGACGAUGGGAAGGUGGAGAGGCGGAGAAGGAGAGAGGGAAGGGAGAGGAGAUCGGCAAAAUCUAAACCCAAGAUGGACAUUUCAUCGGCUAAGUGGUGGACUGAAAUGGAGACUAUAUACACGAAUGAUGAUACAUUUGUCAAUCACUGCCAAAUGAUGACCCAAUUUGAUGAAUUGCCUUUCUCGUCUUGCACCUACAGUGGUACUAUUCAACCUUCCCAGGCUGAGUUUUGCAGCUCUGUGAAGGAAACACAACAAAAGACUUCUUUUCCUUCUUCCUCCAGUACUACUGUUAGUAUUUCUUUCUCCAACUCGCCAUCAGCAACCACUAUUGCUUCCAAAAACUACCUUCAAAAUUUGAACAUAAGCUCAGUUAAGGCUGAGGUGCCAUCAUCAGAAGCUACCAUAAACUUCUCGUCGGAUGAUUUUGAAGAUGGUCAAAGGCUAAUCCAGGAAUUAGGAUAUGGUAUUGGUGAUAAUACUCAGAAGAAAACUUAUAGUAGGAGGAGUUUACAGGCUCAAGACCACGUUCGCGCUGAAAGAAACCGAAGGGAAAGGCUUACACAGCGGUUUAUAGCUUUAUCUACCCUCAUUCCUAACCUUAAGAAGUUGGAUAAAGCAUCAGUACUCGGGGAUGCAAUCAAGUAUAUAAAACAGCUGGAAGAACAAGUAAAAACCCUUGAGGAAGAAGCCAAGAAAUAUAGCGAUGAACCGACGGUUGCAGUGAAAAGAGCACGUAUCAUAUCCAAUAAUGGCGAUUCCUCAUCCUUUGGAUCUGAAAUUCCCAACAUUGGCACAGAUGAAUCAUUCCCAGAUAUUGAAGUAAGAGCUUCAAAUGGGAAUGUUCUGAUUAGGAUUUGUUGCAAAAAGCAAAACGAAAUAAUAAGGGAAAUAUUCAGCCAAAUAGAGAAGCUCAAUCUCUCUAUCAUUAGCACCAGCGUCAUGCCUUUUGGCCACAACACCACCUACAUAAUAAUUACUGCCCAGAUGGAUGAUCAAUUGAGCAUGACAACAAAAAAUGAUGCGAAUAGAAUACGUGGAGCUAUAAUGAAGCUCAUCAUCAACGGCCAGGAAGAAGCAGCUUUCUUAUACAACGAAGAGAAUUUCAAGAUUUCUAGAAGCAAAUGA